CUCUCCUUCUCUACUGACUCCUCCAACUGUACUCAUAUUCUCCCUUUAACCCGCAAUCUGUCAUAACUUGAGGGAAUACCCCAUCCAUUGCCGACGACAUCCCCACUUCUUAUCGAUCGGACAAGUUCCCUAGCUCCGGAAUCCCAAUCGCGCACAAUGUCAGGCACACAGACCGCGACCGUAGCAGCCGGCUGCUUCUGGGGCGUCGAGCACCUCUACCGCAAGAAUUUCGGCAACGGCAAAGGCCUCCUUGACGCCAAGGUAGGCUACUGCGGCGGCGCAACUUCGUCACCUUCAUACCGAGCUGUAUGCUCUGGCAACACUGGCCACGCCGAAGCCCUCCAAAUGACUUUUGAUCCUUCGAUCGUAACCUACCGCCAACUCCUCGAAUUCUUCUAUCGCAUGCACGACCCCACGACAGAGAAUCGGCAAGGUCCGGACGUCGGUACCCAGUACCGCAGUGCUAUUUUCACACAUGGAGAGGAGCAGCAGAAGAUUGCUGAAGAUAUCUCCGAAAAGGUCAGCAAGGAGUGGUAUAAGGCGCCUCUUUCCACUAAGAUCCUGCCCGCGGGUCAGUGGUGGGAUGCCGAGGAAUAUCACCAGCUCUAUCUCCAGAAUAACCCUGCUGGAUAUGAGUGCCCUGCGCACUUUAUUCGGACCUUCCCUCCUCUUUCGGAUUGACUAGGUUCUAGGUUGUGAUUGAGUUUAGCCUAGUCUUUAUAAUGCACAUGACAAGAGUCAAUACAAAUUUUCUUUGGGUUUAUGAUACAUAUUUGCCGGUUUUGAUUCCAUAUACUAGCCUACCUUGAGGUCACGACACGAGUGUUUGGCAUUAUCUAGAAGUAUGGAG